AUGGCACAAAACCAUCCACUGGCCUCACCUUCGACCAAUUCACUACACCGCAAGCUCCUUUCUCUCCCCAUCGCUGACAAGCUCCACUUCGACCCCGAAUCCAUCAGCGCAGCCUCCGUCGACUACGGGUUUAUUGUCCAAGAAAUACCUGCAGCCGUCCUCCGCCCAUCUUGCCUCGAGGACAUCACGAUUUUAGUGGCAUUCAGGUACAAUGAAUCCUCUAUUCCAUUCACUAUCUCAGCUAGAGGACGCGGCCACUCUGUUCGGGGACAGGCUAUGGCUCGAGAUGGGGUCGUGGUGGACAUGACCUCUCUCGGUAACAAGGGGCAUGGGACCACCGUGUCAUACAGCCAGUCGCUCGGCCACUACGCUGAUGUCGGCGGCCACCAAAUUUGGUUCAACGUGUUGGAGCACACGCUGAAACACGGUCUUGCGCCGGUUACGUUGACGGAUUACCAGUAUGCAACUGUGGGCGGUACGCUCUCUAAUGCUGGCAUUGGCGGGGAAGCGUUUCGAAAUGGUCCUCAGAUCACCAAUGUCCAUGAAAUGGACGUUAUUACUGGUACUGGGGACUUUUUGACUUGCUCCCCCCACAAAAAUCCGGACUUAUUUUACUCGGUCCUUGGUGGUCUUGGCCAAUUUGGUAUAAUAACCAGAGCAAGGAUUGCACUGCGUCCAGCUCCAAAGAGAGCAAAGUGGGUGAGAAUGCUAUACAGCGAUUUCUCAGCUUUUACAACGGACCAUGAACGUUUGAUAUCGCGCCAUCAAAGGGACCAAGAUGAAGCAUUGGACUUUGUAGAAGGUUGCCUUCUCAUGCACCGAAAUAUGGACAGUUGGAUAUCUUCCUUCCCUCUCUCGGACCACCCGCGGCUGAUGUCCCUCCUGACCGAACACAAGCUCCUCUACUGUAUUAAAGCAGCCAAGUACUACGAUGAACAGACCGAGAGUACAGUAGAAAAGGACCUGGAGAUCAUAUUGAAAGAUUUGAACCAUGUCCCCGAGUUCAAGUUUGAGAAAGAUGUCGCCUUCAUAGAUUUCUUGAAUAGAAUGCGAGUUGCAGAGCUGCAGCUCCGAGAACAAGGGCUUUGGAACAUUCCUCAUCCGUGGCUCAACCUAUUUGUGCCCAAAUCUCACAUGGCCGAUAUCAACACAGGCAUCUUCAAGGACAUUGCUCUCAAAAAUAACAUAACAACCGGAUAUGUCCUCAUUUACCCUAUGAACAAGAACAAAUGGGAUGAUAGAAUGUCUGCUGUCACGCCAGAUGAAGAUAUCUUUUAUACGGUCGAAUUCUUUCACGCAAGUGGGUUUGGAGACUGGCAAGAGUGUGAGCUUCAAAACAAGGAGAUGCUCUCUUUUCUUAAAGAUAAUGGUAUAAAGUUCAAGCGAUACCUUCCAAAUUAUAGAACUGAAAGAGAGUGGAUGGAACAUUUUGGUCCCAAAUGGAGGACUUUUCAAGAGAGCAAAGCUAAGUUCGAUCCAAAACUGUUGCUGUCACCUGGGCAAAGGAUCUUCAACCACUACUAA